CGCGCUUUCUAGAGCCCGUCAGGAAGAAGAUAAACAAAACAAACCAGAGAGGAAAGCAGCGUGGUUUCAGCAGUAAUGGCAAAAACAUCGUAAUAGAGGUUGGAUUACGGAACUAAAUAUCUAUCAAAAACUCCGCUGGAAGUAUCAAGCAGAGAGUAGCUGGCUCACGAGGACCGAAGGAAAAGCCGCUGGGGCUUGUGGGAUAGAAACCUCCUUCCUGCCACCGAAAAACCAUUGAUUUCUUCUUCUGGUCUGGGACAAAAGUGGAAACGCCCGGACCAGGGAGGCGGCGAACAAGUUUCCGCGUGGAGCUCGAGGACCUGUGCUCAACGAUGCCUCAGCCCAGCAUCAGUGGAAUGCACCCUCCGUUCGGGGAUGCUUUUCAGACCCACACUUUUGCUGACCAGGUGCUGACCAGCACAGACCUGUUGGCCAACAGCUCGGACCCAGACUUCAUGUACGAGCUGGACAGGGAUAUGAGCUGCAGACAAAGCCCCAGGGUGGACGUGCCCACGGCAGGAGACUGCAGAGAGCUGGAGGGGGUGGAGCAGGAGGCUCUGGACGGAGACCCCGCCUACAGCUCCACCUUCGAGCAGUGGGACUCGUACUGGGAGGACCUGACGCGCUACACGCGGCUGGCCAGCUGCGACAUCUGGGGCACCAAGGAGGUGGACUUCCUGGGGCUGGACGACUUCUCCAGCCCCUACCAGGACGAGGAGGUCAUAGGUCAGACACCCACACUGGCGCAGCUCAACAGCGAGGACUCACAGCCCGUCAGCGACGCGCUCUACCACCCCGACCUGCUGUUGGGGCAGAAGCCCCACCCCCACCCCGGCCCCGGCUCCGCCCCCGGCCCUGCCUCCUCGCACGCCAACAAGGCACCCGCCAGGCUUCUUGGGGCUGGCGCCUGCUCGUCCUCGGCCAGGAACCCCCUCCCGGAUUUCGCCGAGGGCUCCCAGAAGGCCACCUGGCCCGUGGCGUCCAGCACGGAGACCAUGUCCAAGGCCCAGGGCCCCAAGAUGGCGCCCCUCCCGUCUGACAGCAAGGACUACGUCCGCAAGGCCAGUGUCCGCGUUAGCAUGGCCCGCCGCCCUGCGCCCGUCGCCGUGCCAACCAGGCCCGCCCACCUCCCCGUCGGUCCGGUUUUCGCCGAGGGCGUCGCGGAGACGGAAAUCGAUGCCGUCGUUACUGCCGUUGCCGUGGUUAAAGCCUCCGGUGCUGUGGUUGGGGAGAAGAAAUUGGAGAGGCCCCUCCUCUCGGAGGCCCCUGUUGACAUGGAGACCACCGUACCACAGUCCGGGUCCCCCAAACUGUUCCCAGGGACGGGGGGGUGUCCCGGCCUAGUCCCCGCUGUGACCCUGGGACCCGAGGCCGGGCAGGACAAGAAGGAGGAGGAGCACAACUACUACCUGCUCCUCGCGCGGGGCAAACUGGUGGGAAAACAGGAGGCGGACGCCCAGGAGCCGGACGAGAGGGAGGAGGACGAGGAGGAUGAAGAGGAGGACGAGGAGGAAGACGAAGAGGAGGCCGAGCUGGACGAUGAGGGAUUCGGUAGCGAGCACGAGCUCUCUGAGAAUGAGGAGGAGGAGGAGGACGAGGAGGAGGAAGACGAGGAUUAUGAGGGUGACAAGGACGAUGACAUGAGCGACACAUUUUCAGAAGCAGGGUGUGAGAAUGACAUGGCGGAGGGUGUGAAGAACCUGACGGCGGUGAUCUCGCGGAAGCGGGGGAAGAGGCGGUACUUCUGGGAGUACAGCGAGCAGCUCCCCUCCUGCAAGCAGGAGCGCAUGCUGAUGCCCUCCGAGUGGGACAGAGACACGCUGCCUAGCAACAUGUACCAGAAGGGAGGCCUGCACCACGGAAAGUACGCGGUGAAGAAAUCACGGCGCACGGAUGUGGAGGACCUGACGCCGAACCCCCGGAAGCUUCUGCAGAUCGGCAGCGAGCUGCGCAAACUCAACAAGGUGAUCAGCGACCUGACACCUGUCAGCGAGCUGCCGCUGACCGCCAGGCCCCGCUCCCGCAAAGAGAAGAACAAGCUGGCCUCCAGGGCAUGCCGGCUGAAGAAACUCAGUCGGGCCAAAUGUUGGCUCAACGAUACGAAAAGGAGGUCCGGCAACAACCUCAUGUCUUUGGCUGGGUCACAUUCAUUGGGCCUGGCAGAUCGACUGCUGUUUGUGAUCAGUGCCAUCAAAGAGGAGAUCGUCAGCAGGGUGGAGGAUGACUCCAGGGAUAAAGGAACAAACAUGGCUGACAGACUGGACCAGCUUAUCAGUGAAAAUCUUGUGAAGUCGCCGGUCGCGGGGCAGACCUCAGACUUCGUGAACCAGAUCCUGGAGUCCACCAGCAGGGGGGACCCCACGGGAGGGCUGGUGGGGCUCCGCGUCCCCACGUCCAAAGUGUAGAGGGGGGCGACCCGGAGGGCCCCCUGGAGAGGAUCGAGCCGUCAGCGCCAUUCGUGUUCCCAAAAACUGUAAAGGCGUCCCGUUUGUGCAUGCUCAUUCCAUCUAUAAGAUAUACCCCACAUGCCUAGUGUGAAUAUAUAUAUAUAUAUGUGUAUUUAUAUAUAUAUACAUGCCUUUUCAUGUGUUCGUAUAUUUAUAUUAUGCAACAAUGAGGAAAUGGAAAGAGUAGAGAUGUCUGGCGUACAGGUGUGAGGAGAGUGAUACCCUGUUUUUGCAUGUGGUUUGUAAACUUUGUCUAUGAGCCACCGGUUGCAAACGUGAAACCAGCUAAAAGAACCCUUGUGUUCCCGGUAUUUUUCUUCAUUUAAACAAAAAAUCUUUUAAAAAAAACAAAAAACGAAAAAAAACAAACAUGCACACACACGCGCACUUAAAAACAUGGCAGUAGCAGAACAGCCAUGCUGCGUAAUAGUUGCCCCCCCAACGCAAAUUAUGAUUUGCUGCCAUUGCCCUGCAUGUGGAGUGAUAAACUUGACACAACAGAGAGGCAGGGCCAUUUUUAUUUUUAUUUUUUUCUUUUGUGAAUAUUGUAUGUCAGGUCACACCUGUCAAAUCUACAGCCAUGUUAGGAUUAAAAGAGUAAAAAAAUAUGUAGGUUACCACUGUCCAUUUUCCCGCCAAAGUAAACGGACGUUUUAUUGUUAACCCAGUAGCUGACCAACUGCAGCAGCAAGUACAAGUAUGUGAAAUGGUCAGAGGUGUGUAUCGGUUUUUAAUUCACAGUAGCUGGGGGGAAAAGAAAAAACUAAAAAUGACUGCUUUGCUAACGUUGGGGAUGUGUAUUGGGGAUGAAAAUUCAGCUGGCAAGCGGGUGGGUAUUCUUGCUGAAUUUGGUUCGAGAAGACUACUUGGUGAAGUUCCAUUGCCCUCUUACUGUUGGAGAACAGAGAGGAAUUUAAAGGGAGGAUACUGAGGCUGAGAAUAAAAUGGCGGCCCCAGUGCUGUUAUUGGUGGAUGCGUUCAAAAUUAUGAAACUGGAUAAUUCUGCCGACAGUUUUAUUGAAAUAUCACUGACGGGAAAUAUACAGUAGACUAUGCUAACAAAGUGGAAGGACAGUUUGAAGUUCCCCCAUUUGUGCUCAGUUUUGUAACCGUACAAAAAGUAAUAUUCAUCCGUGCCUUGUAUUUAAGAGAGGAGAAGAUUGCAGAGUUCCCAGAGGUUUUAGAAAGUGUACUUUUUUUCUCAGAAACUGAGAGCUAGAGAGGAACGCUUUGUAUAUUUUCUCGUUGUUUUAGCUCUUUAAGAUAUUAUGAAUGUACAUAGGGAUGCAGGAAAUGUUGGCUUGGGCCACAGAGUCUGUUCAUUGUAUCAUAAGAUGGCUCUAACAGAUGUUACUUUGGCUUUUGGUACUUUGCUGGUGGGGAAGGGGACUAAAAAGAAAAUAUAUGAACUAUAUAAAAAGAGAAAUAUUUGCACACUAUAUUUUGAUUGUUUUUUUUUUUUUUUUGUACCAAAGAUGAAUGCAAUGAAAAAUGGCUACUAGCCAGUUUUAAGUAAAGGUUUUGCACAGCUUACCGGACACCGUAUUGAAUGUAAAAUAAAAAAGAAAAAGAAAAAAAAAAGAAAUAAAAUACAAAAAAAUCUAAUUUAAAAAAUAAAAUAAAAAGUGGUAGGGUCAGGGAUGUUCAUUGAACUGUGAAAUUUUGCUUAGAUCCAGUUAAACGCAGAAAGAAGCAUUCAUUCACGUCUUCUUCGGGUAUUCUGCAGUGCUGCUUGUCGGCUCUUCAAGCAGGCUGAUUAAUCGAGAAAAGAGUUUGGGAUUCUUCACCUGAAAUGUUUCGCUUUUGUUUUCCGAGUCUAGUAGGGAAAAGCUAAAUAUAAAGCAUUUAAUUAUAUGAUUUUAUUUAGCAUGUUGGUCAGACAUUACCACAAAUAACCAAAAGAUAUAGUAUUUGUAUAGUUUAUAUAUGUAACAGAAAAGGGUAUACAUACAUUUUAUAUAUGAGAAAUAUUAAGUACUGUAUGUGUAGUAUUUAUAAUAUGUGUAUAAGUAUAUUCAUAGACAUUCACACUCAGAAUUAGGUUGCCACUUUCUCAGUUAAUGUCUUGUUAAGAAUGAUACACUUUGAACGAUCUGUCUUUGAGGAUAAAAAAGAUGUUUAAAAAGAGAAAAUAAUAAAUUUUAUAUAUUUUUGUAUAGCUAGCCUUUGCUUUCAUUUUAUAUUGUCCAUGUUGAUUCCUUUUGUGGUGUAUUUAAUGACCCUGAGAGCUUUCCCUGACUGUUUGCACUGUAGUGGAAUCCGAGAUGGCAUUAAUAACUACUUUCUGACAUUCAAAGCUAGAGCUUUUAGUUUUGGUUUUAGUAACUAUAGCCUCUGACUAAUUUCAAUACUGUGGCUUUCAUAUAGAAGACAUGAUAUUUUAUUAAUGUUAUUCUGGUUUCUUUUGGCCAUCGGUGUACAGAUGGACACUGACAGUUCUUUGUAUUUGACAGUUGAGGACUAAAAAGCUAUUUUUGAGCCAACAUAAAAUAAAGUGACAUUUUAAAAAAGUAGAUGUCAUUUUUAUUUGUGUUUGGCUCCAGUGGCUAUUUUCAAGAUAUUUCCCUUUGAUGCAUACAAAUUCAGUCCUCUUAACUUCCUCUUAACGUUGAACAUUUUGAGAUCAUUAGAAUGGCUCACUGGUUUAAUGCUGAAGUCGGCUGAGCUUGGUCUUUUUAAACUGAGUAUGCUGCCCAUACGAGAGCGCUCACUCCUCGUGUAACUUCCAUUAAGAGAUUAAACAAUAAAAUUUGUUAAAACAAUUUGA